GUGGCAGUAAUGAGUCUCCAGCUGCCGUUAAAUGGACAGAAGAAGAAGUCCGACGACGACGAUGAGAAGUGUUUCCGGGUCAGUUCGGAUUAGAUGACGUUUCUCUGGAGAGUUUCGGUGUUUUCCGUUUGAUCAACGUCACCAACGGUCGGAAGUGUGUGGCUUCCUGCUGUGACUCUCACCUGUCAGCUGAUCUGCUGACUUACUGAGCGCGCUCAGUCGGGGUUUUCCAUCAACACACACACACAGAUUUUGGUGCCAACACACGGAUCCGUUCAGACCGCCAUCAUGGUGUUAGCCGACCUGGGGAGGAAGAUCACCUCUGCGCUGAGGUCACUCAGCAACGCCACCAUCAUCAAUGAGGAGGUGCUCAACGCCAUGUUGAAGGAGGUGUGUGCUGCUCUGCUGGAGGCCGACGUCAACAUCAAACUGGUCAAACAGCUGAGAGAGAACGUCAAGUCUGCCAUAGAUCUGGAGGAAAUGGCUUCAGGUCUGAACAAGAGGAGGAUGAUCCAACACGCCGUCUUCAAGGAGCUCGUCAAGCUGGUGGACCCCGGUGUGAAGGCCUGGACCCCCACCAAAGGAAAGAACAACGUCAUCAUGUUUGUUGGUCUGCAGGGUAGCGGGAAAACUACAACCUGCUCCAAGCUGGCCUAUUAUUACCAGAGGAAAGGUUGGAAGACCUGCCUGAUCUGUGCCGACACUUUCAGAGCUGGUGCCUUCGAUCAGCUGAAACAGAACGCCACCAAAGCCAGAAUCCCGUUCUACGGCAGUUACACAGAGAUGGACCCAGUGGUGAUCGCCGCAGAGGGCGUUGAGAAGUUUAAAGGCGAGAACUUUGAGAUUAUCAUCGUGGACACGAGCGGUCGCCACAAACAGGAAGACUCUCUGUUUGAGGAGAUGCUUCAAGUCUCCAACGCUGUGCAACCAGACAACAUUGUGUACGUGAUGGAUGCAUCGAUCGGUCAGGCCUGUGAGUCUCAGGCCAAAGCCUUUAAGGACAAAGUGGACGUAGCGUCUGUGAUCGUCACCAAACUGGACGGACACGCUAAAGGAGGCGGAGCUCUGAGCGCUGUGGCAGCUACCAGGAGUCCCAUCAUCUUCAUCGGAACCGGAGAACACAUUGACGACUUCGAGCCGUUUAAAACUCAGCCGUUCAUCAGCAAACUGCUGGGAAUGGGAGACAUCGAGGGAUUGAUCGACAGAGUGAACGAGCUGAAACUGGACGACAACGAGGAGCUGAUCGACAAACUGAAACACGGCCAGUUCACCCUCAGAGACAUGUACGAGCAGUUCCAGAACAUCAUGAAGAUGGGACCCUUCGGACAGAUCAUGGGGAUGAUUCCUGGUUUCGGUACAGACUUCAUGAGUAAAGGAAACGAACAGGAAUCAAUGGCCAGACUGAAGAAACUGAUGACCAUCAUGGACAGCAUGAACGACCAGGAACUGGACAAUAAAGACGGAGCGAAGCUGUUCAGUAAGCAGCCCAACAGGAUCCAGAGAGUCGCUCGAGGCUCCGGAGUCGCAACCAGAGACGUCCAGGAGCUGCUGACCCAGUACACCAAGUUCGCCCAGAUGGUGAAGAAGAUGGGGGGCAUCAAAGGACUGUUUAAAGGAGGAGACAUGUCGAAGAACGUGAACCCGUCUCAGAUGGCCAAACUGAACCAGCAGAUGGCCAAAAUGAUGGACCCCCGAGUUCUGCACCACAUGGGUGGUAUGGCGGGUCUUCAGUCGAUGAUGCGUCAGUUCCAGCAGGGAGCCGCCGGCAACAUGAAAGGCAUGAUGGGAUUCAACAACAUGUGACCACCGACCAACCAGCUGCCUUAAAAUAUUAAACUUAAUGAAAGCUCCGCCUCCUGACAGGUACAGGUGGAGAGGGGCGGGGCUUAGAGAGGGAGGGAGAAGGAGAGAGAGAGAGCAGGAAGUGUAGAGAACCAAAAUAAAAGCAGGGUUUCGGUCGUUUCCUCUGCUGCUUUUCACAAGAAAAUAAAAAAUUCUGCUUUUAGAAAAACUGCCAGAAAAAAGUUAAAGGAGCAGUUCGUUGUUACAGGAAGCUUCUUCUUCUGUUCCCUUUUCAAACUAUCCGUCUGCCGGCGCCGGACUGCUCCUUUUAAACGAUGAAGACGACGGUGAGGAGGAAGACGAGCUGGUUGUUUUUGAGCCUCGUUAAUUUAAUUCUGUAUAAGAUGUUUGUGUAUAAGAUUUAAACAAAGCAGAGUCUCAUCCUGAUUGGACGAGGAGACGCCACAUGAUGAUGAUGAUGAUGAUGAUGAAGAUGAAUAUAACAUUAGUUAGUGACAGUAUUUUUGUCAUAUAAUAAACAUUUGUAUUGCACCAUUUUAAA